AUGGCCGCUCGUCACUCACGCAGAUUUCUGCGACCGUUGCUGUAUACCUCCGCCGCCGCCGCCGCCGGAGCCGGUGUUCUCUACAUUUCUUAUCGUCCACGUAACAUCCCCGGUCUCGAGGCCCCUGCCGUUCCCCCUCCCGGUUACCAUGAGGGAAAACUUGUUCCUCCAAAUUUCCCCACAAUCAAGUCGCGUAUCGAUCAGAUUAAGGACUUGAAGCAGAGUCAGGAUGGGGAGUCCUAUGAUCUGCUGGUCAUCGGUGCCGGUGCCACCGGUGCCGGUAUUGCGCUAGAUGCCGCCACCCGCGGAUUAAAGGUGGCUGUGGUGGAGCGUGAUGAUUUCAGUGCCGGUACCAGCAGUAAGAGCACUAAGCUCGUGCACGGUGGUGUCCGCUACUUGGAGAAGGCGUUUUGGGAAUUGGAUUACAACCAGUACAAGCUGGUAAAGGAGGCGCUUCGUGAGCGCAAAUAUUUCCUGAACACUGCUCCCCAUCUCUCACAAUGGCUGCCCAUCAUGGUGCCGCUCCAAAAAUGGUGGCAGGCUCCUUAUUUCUGGGCCGGUUGCAAGGCUUAUGAUCUCUUGGCUGGUUCCGAGGGAAUUGAGAGCUCAUACUUUUUGACAAAGAGUAAGGCGAUCGAUUCCUUCCCUAUGCUCAAGCGGGAUAACGUCAUUGGUGCAAUGGUCUACUAUGAUGGUGCGCACAACGACUCUCGAAUGAAUGUUUCCCUCGCCAUGACCGCCGCCCUCUACGGCAGCACUGUCGUCAACCACAUGGAAGUCACCGGAUUGACUAAGGAUGCCGACGGUAAGCUCAAUGGAGCCCGCCUGAAGGACGUGAUUCCGGGCAAGGAUGGUGAAGAGGCACAGGAAUUCACCAUUCGUGCCAAGGGUAUUAUUAAUGCCACCGGUCCCUUCACAGACUCGAUCCGCAAGAUGGACGAGCCUGAUGUCAAGGAGAUUGUGGCCCCCAGCUCCGGUGUUCACAUCAUUCUUCCUGGAUACUACAGUCCGUCAAACAUGGGUCUCAUCGACCCGGCCACGUCUGACGGCCGUGUCAUCUUCUUCCUCCCCUGGCAGGGUAACACCAUUGCCGGUACUACCGAUGCCCCUGCGGAGAUCUCCCGUCACCCUGAACCCUCUGAGAAGGACAUCAGCUGGAUUCUGUCUGAGAUCCGUGGUUACCUGGCUCCCGACAUCAACGUUGACCGAAGUGAUGUCCUGGCUGCGUGGUCUGGUAUCCGCCCCUUGGUGCGCGACCCGGCCAAGUCUAGCUCUCAGGCGCUGGUUCGCAACCAUCUGAUCUCUGUUUCUCCCUCGGGAUUGUUGACCUGCGCUGGUGGUAAGUGGACCACCUACCGCCAAAUGGCCGAGGAGGCCGUGGAUGAAGCUAUCGAUGUGUUCAAGCUGCAACCCCGUGAGCCGCUCGCGGUCCCGGAUAUCAGUGGUGUUGGUGGAAGUGGCCUGGUCGCGGACGGUGCCACCCUGGACGGCAGCUGCCAGACCCACCAGGUCCGCCUCAUCGGUGCCCACGGUUUCUCCAAGACCCUCUUCAUCAACCUUAUCCAGCACUUUGGCCUGGAGACCGAUGUUGCCAAGCACCUGACUGAGUCGUACGGUGACCGUGCUUGGCAGGUGGCUGCUCUUUCCUCGCCCACCAAUGCUCGCUUCCCUGUGCGCGGCCAGCGCAUUUCGGCCCUGUACCCCUUCGUGGAUGGUGAGGUCCGCUACGCCAUUCGCCACGAGUACGCCCAAACUGCCGUUGAUGUGAUUGCCCGUCGUACCCGGUUGGCUUUCUUGAACGCCGAGGCCGCUCUGGAAGCGUUGCCAAAGGUGAUUGACUUGAUGGCCGAGGAGUUGAACUGGAGCAACCAGCGUAAGGAGGUGGAGUGGAAGGAUUCCAUGUCAUACCUCCGAUCGAUGGGUCUCCCCAAGAACUUCCAGGGCCUGUCUCGUCAGGAGGUUCAGGAUGGCCGCGUCCAGGACCUCGAUGAGGUCGCGUUCAAGACUUUGAUUCGAACUGAACCCCCUGCCGAUAUUCUCAAGAGUGACGCUGUCACCUCCCCAAUCAUCUACAGCACCGAGCCCACGGCAUCUGCAAGUAUCACUGGCAUGGACACUGUUGCCCGGCUGGAACAAGAUUUUAUCAAAAUCCAACAGGUGGAAGAUGCUGGAGAUAUCCUGAUCGGGAGCCAUGUUCUCAUCUGUUCUAUCAUGACGAAUGUCCUCACCGAGCAUCCCAAUUGUAUCAUUCCGUAUGUAUCUAUUGGGGCACUUAUGGACUUUCUCCCAACUCUCCCAAUCGGACCGCCAUUCUAUCUGUCAACGGUCAGCUUCACAAGCAUUCUCAUCGCAGUUCUCAUGAGUAUGGUCGCGAUUUCCCUUGGUUGGACUUCUCCUCACCUCCAGGCAUUCCCUCCAGUUCCGACAAUACAAUAUGCCUGUCUUGCUAUUGCCGACAUCGUCUUUACAUAUGCUGGUUAUGUUGUCUUCUUUCUUUUCUCCGAACUCGAAGACAUCGAUGCUCUUCCCAAUGCCCUUGUAUCUCUACACUCCCGGGUAGCGAUCCUGUACAAGCCUUCAGCAAUCGCCAUCCAUGCCUUUGUUGGCAACGAGGCCAUACCUCUUGCCCUCAGCGCUGUCGGGAAACUCCAUCGUCAGAUCUCCAUCUCCUAUGGGAUUGCAACGCCAGCGCUUGUCGUCGGGGUAGUGGUGACUGCCCAUGUUGUGGUCAAGCUCAUCUACCUCCGUAUGGUCUGUGAUAUCAACUCCAUGCACAACCGAUCUUAUGCAGGCCGAGGCACAUGGGCUGUGAGCUAUGCAAGCCUUUAUAUCGUAUCCUGGGUCAUUACCGAAGGAAUCCCUAUCUCCAAGGACAGGCUUAAUGUGCUCGUUCUUGACCCAAAAACAAAUGAUGACAUUAUUCGUCAACCUUUCCAUAUUGACCUUGAUGCUACUCAUUGUAAAUCCAAAAGAGCCCACUUUGAAGUUGAAACUGACGGGAAUGAGUGGAUUAUCGAAUCGACCAAUCUCUACCAGGAUUAG